UCAAUUUUUGACCACCGGAUGAUGCAUUGUCUAGAAAGAACUUUGAAAGGCGAGGUGCGGCAAUAAUGAAAAAUAACUUAAACAAAGCUCGUGUCGCAAAGAAAAGACCAGAUUGGAUUGAUCAGAAUGCGUGGGAUCCAUUAUGUGAGCAUUGGAGAACUUCAGGAUUUAAAAAGAAGAGUAUACAGGCGAAAACAAAUCGAGCAUCUGACUGUGGAGGUUUUUCAAAGCCCGUUCACACUUGUGGCUCUAUCACCACAUCGCAACAUAGAGCUAAUUUGACGGAACUGAAUGGCACUCCCCCCGCUCCUGUAGAUUUGUUUGUAUACACACACCAACAUCGCAAGAAUAAGGCUUGGGUUGAUCGAAGAUCGGAACAUGUCUAUGAAAAGUAUAAACGUAGAUUGGAAGAAUUAACCCAACAAGCAUCUUGGGAGUGA